UAUAACCGCGCUGCGCUCGGACUCUCCACCGCUAGCUUCACCUCUCCUGGCCAUGAGUGCGGAGAAGCCAAACUUCCUGUCUCAACCUCAAGUCAAAAAUAUCUAUUUCUAUCGCAAUGGGGAUCCGUAUUACGAGCCCAGGCGUUUGGUGAUUAACUCGAAGCGGGUUUCGACCUUCGACACGCUUCUGCGGGAGGUGACCGGCGGCGUGAGGGCUCCGUUCGGCGCGGUCCGGCGCAUCUACACGCCCAAAGCCGGACACCGGGUCCAGUCCCUGGAGCACCUGCGGAGCGGAGAGCAAUACGUGGCUGCUGGACGAGAGAGCUUCAAGAAGAUCGAUUAUUUACAGAUAGGAACCAGGAAGAAAAAAAUGCUUCAGCCCAAUGGAGUGCUGAAACCUGUUCCUCAGAGUCGUGUGAUUGUAUCUGCCAGAUUCCUGAAGCCCAUCAAAGAACCCUGUGCAAUAUUUGUUGUGGCAAAUGGAGACGUCCUGAACCCAGCGGUGAGGUUAUUGAUUCCUAGCCGUGUGAUUAGCCAGUUUGAGCGGAUUCUGGAGAUGGUCACUGAGAAAAUGGGCCUGCGAAUCAUUGGGGGUGUGCAAAGCCUGUACACCUUUGAAGGGACUCUCGUUAUUGAUGGAAAGGAGUUAGAAAACGGACAGUUUUACGUCGCUGUUGGUAGAGACAAAUUCAAAAAGCUUCCCUACAGUGACCUACUGUUCAAUAAACCCAUCGGCAUGAAGAGAGUGAACGGGUCUAAAGCUGCAUCAUUACCACCGAUAUACAAAUUCAGAAGACAGAAUGGAGAUGUGGGGAACCAUCAUCUGAGCAAGUCUGAGUGUGGACAGGAGAAGAGCAGUCCUCCAGCGCAGAGCUCUAAAGAGCAGCUGUCCUCUAUAGUCAGAGAGAUCUCACAAGCCAAACUUAUGAACAUACGCAAGAAGAGGAGUGGACUCACGGCUUCACAGGAGACUCAGGACAAUGAUGAUGGAGAGGACAGAAGAGCAGAAGAUGAUGAGAAAUCUUCACUGGUCCAGCAGGAGGCAGAGGAGGCCAGACCUGAUGUAGACGACUCCACCACGACAGAAAGUGAAGCGGCCCAAAACACAGAAGAAUCACAGUGUGAUGGAGAAGAAGAGGAGAAGAAACCAGAGGAUGAAAAGAAGGAAGAGGAUGGAGAGAUAAAGAUAGAAGAACCAGAGGCACAUGACGACAGUGAAGAGAAGGAUGAAGAAGCUGAAGAAGGAGAUGAAGAGGAGAAACCAGAGGAAGAAAAGGAGAAGCAGGAGAACACAGAGAAGGAGGGAGAGCUGACGGAGGAGAAUCCAGGUCCCAGUGAGGACUGACCGAGAAAACCUGAAGGAGUAGUUGAGCGAGAAACGAUCGUCAUGUCCG